GGAAUCGGGCCGCCCGCCAAUGGCAGCGGGGCAGGGGCCGGGCCGGGCCGGGCCGGCGGGUGGCGGCGAUGAUGGCGGAGGAAGCGGGGCGGCUGCGGGGCGGCCUCCGGUCGGGGCUGCGCGUCCUCCGUGAGCAGCACCGGGGCUGGCGGGACACUCUGGCCGCCUGCUUGCCGCUGCUGCGGGCCCUGGGCAACGUGGGCCGGCAGGCGGAGGCGGCGCGGAGGGUGUCCUUCGAGGAGACGCCGCUGCGGGCCUUGGCGGGGCUGCCGGAGCGGCUGCGGCUGAAGCAGCGGGCGGCCAUGGAGGCCCUGCUGGAGGAGCUGCGCCGGGAGAAGCUGCCGGCGCUGCGGGAGGCUCGGGAUGCCGUCGGCGCGUGCCUGGUGCCGCUGCUGGCGCUCGGGGGGCCCGACCCGCAGCCCCGCGCGCCCUCCCCGGCCUGGGCCGACUUGGCGGCAGGGCUGCUGGACGCGGAGGCGCUCUACCACGCCGUGUACUUGGAAGCGCGGCUGCUGCUGCUCUCGCUGAGCUACCGGGACGUGGCGGGGCUGCAGGCGGCCCCCGAGGCCUGGGAGCGGAUAAUGCAACACGGGCAGCGAGGAGACCGCGUGGAAGAAACGUUGCUGAAAGCCGCCUUCUUCCUGGAGGACAGAUACUGGAGACGAUUCUUACGAAAUGGACGAGAUGGGAGCCUCCGGAGAGCCCAUUUCCCUCAGUACCUUAUCCAGCCAUUUCAAAGCUCCAUGAAGACGGAUCUCCACCCAACAUGGGGUGCUGGUGAUCGCCUGGCGAUGGUAUCCUGCUCCCCAGCCCUACAGAAGAGACCAACAAAUGGCAAAGGAGUGUGGCCUAUGCAUGCUGUGCAAGGACUUCAUCAACUCCUUGUCUGCUCCCAGGAUGCAUGCUUCUAUUUUCACCAAGCAGGUGAGACUAGAGUACAGAAUCAUCCUGUCUGUUGGAUGACUCUGACAGUGAGGGGAGCCAUGAAGACUGCUUGUUUCUUGAUGGAGGAGGAAGAGGAGUCAUGUUUUUCAAAACAGUGCUGAGCAAACCCUUGGUUAACUAGGCCUGAAAAGAAGACCUCCCAGGUCCCUUUCAUCCCUAGGGUUCUAAGUUCUAUGAAAAGCCCUUGGGGACCAGAAAGCAGAAGAACAGUAUAGAAAGGCCCAGAUCCCACCUUUGCUGGAGAGGCUGUGCUGGUCUUCCUUCCCUCAUCUUUAAAAUAUAUGCCAGAAUGGAAAACUUCAUUCAAAAGAGGAAGUAAGAGCUCUUUCUGAAUUAAAAUGCUGAACUUACAUAAACACAUACAUGUACACAAAAUGCUAUCAGCCAAAAGAAUAUAAUCAUUUAUAACAGCAAUGAAACCACCAGCAACAUUCCUAACCUUGACUAUUUGGAGAAAAAUUAUCUGAGCUUAGUGGGCCUCACUCCCAAGAAAAGAGGUGCAAGACUGCAGCCUUUAGAAAUGGUUUUAGCUCAGGUCUAGUUCUGAGACUCCCAAAAAGUUCAAGGAGCAUGGGAUAUGGAUUUUACGCUUAGGGCUGUUCUAAUUUUGCACACCAUCUUGAAGAAAUAAUGGCUAAUAUACCACAAUCAUACCUAAGGGAGUUGGAAGACUGGAAGACUGCUCUUGAGAAGGGCCUGGGAAAGGUAAAACAUAUAUUCUGUGGCCAGCAAGACCAACUGAAAGCCCAUCUGAAAAUUGCCAUUACUGGAACUGGAAGGGCAGCCAGAGGAGCAGUCCAGGGCCUGGAUGGUUCAUUUGGAAUAAUCUUGGACAUAAAUUGGAAAUUUUUGUUCCCUCUUGUUAGAAAUCACUCGUAAUUGAAGUCGCUAGUGGUAAGACAGUGCCACAAAUUUCACAGAGUUGUGAUGAUUUUUCACUUCUUGUUUAUGGCGAAAUAUGAAGAUAACAAAACUUAGCACAUCUCAUCCUUUUAAAACGUCCUUGUAACAAAGAGGCCAGUCCCACUUUUUCAGCUUUAUCACCCAAGACAAAGAAAGUUCUUACUUUAAUAAAGCUCAUCUGGAUAAAGCACAUCUUGGUGAGCUCAGAGACUGCCUCGAAACCAUAGUUAACUGACUGGGAAAGCAGCUGUGCAAAGAGCAGGUGGUUGAAAAUCUUCAGGUUGUAUCCACUGGGGAUUUUGCAGACGGUGCUUGGGUGGAAGCCGCGCUCAUGGUUGGCAUUCAAGCUCUGGACAAAAAUGCUGCAGUCGCUCAAACACUCAACGAAGACCUCUCCCCCUACAUAAUACAGGUGGACACCUUCAGGAGAGAAGAGGGACCAAGAAGGAUGUCAUCCAACACAGAUCGAAGCAAAAAGACUCUUGUUCUAAACUACUUCAUGAUACACUAAGAUUGGGGUAUUGUUGCAUGAUGGACAGAAUCAGUUGGCAAGACAAGCAGACUCGGCAGUCCCAAUGCUAAAGACACCAUUUUUGCUGUGUGGCAGUCUUUUCAGGAUUCCGGUCAGGACUGGCAUCCUGCUACGCUAUGUGUUGCCUGCUUUCAGCCUGCCAUGCUUAAAGGGGAGGGAGAGCUGGAGGGUGGAAUUAAGGGGAGGGUUAGCAUGAGAAGAAUCAAAACUAAGCAUUGGACCAUCCCGAUAGCCACUGGCCGUUCCAAGGUCACACUAAGGAAUGCAGAACCAUCCAGCCCGCAAAGACAGGGACUGGUACCCAAACAAUUUGUUAGCACUAGAUAACCAUGGGGAAAGGUGGGAACAAGGGGAUGUUAACUGUAUGCUUUGGGUGUGAAAACCUCAGAUCCAACUUUAUUUCUUCUGUUACCACUUAGCUUUAAUAAAGUGUACUUUUGCCUGA